AUUCAGAUUUUAUAGCCUCUUUCUUAUUCUCCAUCUCCGCCAUUCAAUUCAUAAGUGUGUCCAGCACUAGCAGCCGCCACUGAAGAGAAAUCCCCAUACUGUGUCUGUGUAAUUCCUUGAAACCGACUUUCGCUGUUCCGACAACAUAAGAUGGCGUCAUCUGCCGUAGCUCCGACGUCCUCAUUCCUUGUUGACAAGAAAAUUUUGGGAUUUUCAGCUUCCUGUGCCCAGCCUUCUUCAUUUCCAUGUUCCCCGCAGCUUUCCAAAAAAAGGGCUUCCACGAAAAUAGUUUCUGUAAUGACGCCUCAGCAAUCUGAGCGCAAACCAUCGGCUACAGGGGCGGUUAAGACUGGGAUGACCAUGACUGAGAAGAUACUGGCGAGAGCUUCAGAAAAAUCCCAAUUGGUUCCCGGUGAGAAUGCAUGGGUCAAUGUGGAUAUUUUGAUGACACAUGAUGUUUGUGGCCCUGGUUCCAUUGGGAUAUUCAAAAAGGAAUUCGGCGAAAAUGCAAAGGUGUGGGACCGUGAAAAAGUUGUUAUCAUUCCUGACCAUUACAUCUUCACAACUGAUGAACGAGCAAAUCGCAAUGUAGACAUCUUGAGGGAUUUCUGUAAUGAGCAAAAUAUUAAGUACUUCUACGAUAUCAAAGAUCUUGGAAAUUUCAAGGCUAAUCCUGAUUACAAAGGUGUCUGCCAUGUGGCUCUUGCCCAAGAAGGCCAUUGCCGACCUGGAGAGGUCCUGUUGGGCACCGACUCUCACACGUGUACUGCUGGAGCAUUUGGUCAGUUUGCUACUGGAAUCGGAAACACCGAUGCCGGUUUCGUGUUGGGCACUGGAAAGCUUUUGCUUAAGGUGCCCCCGACUUUGAGAUUUGUAAUGGAUGGUGAAAUGCCCAACUAUCUACUUGCAAAAGAUUUAAUUCUGCAAAUUAUUGGUGAAAUUUCAGUUGCUGGCGCGACAUACAAAGCAAUGGAGUUUGUUGGUUCUGCUGUUGAAAGUUUGACUAUGGAAGAAAGAAUGACUCUGUGCAACAUGGUAGUUGAAGCUGGUGGAAAGAAUGGUGUCAUCCCUGCUGAUAGUACCACUUACAAGUUCCUUGAGGACAAGACAUCUUUGCCAUUUGAACCAGUAUUUAGCGAUGGGGGAGCCAGGUUUCUCAAAGAGUACCGGUUUGAUAUUUCAAAGCUCGAGCCUUUGGUAGCUAAGCCUCAUUCUCCCGACAAUCGUGCUUUAGCUCGAGAAUGCAAAGAUGUGAAAAUUGACAGGGUAUAUAUUGGAUCUUGUACUGGUGGGAAAACAGAAGAUUUCAUGGCUGCUGCUAAAGUAUUUCUUGCUUCGGGUAAAAAGGUCAAAGUCCCAACCUUCCUAGUUCCAGCUACGCAGAAGGUUUGGAUGGAUGUAUAUAGCCUUCCGGUCCCAGGAUCGGGCGGGAAAACUUGCUCACAGAUAUUUGAGGAAGCUGGAUGCGACACUCCUGCAAGCCCCAGUUGUGGUGCUUGUUUGGGAGGACCAAGAGACACAUAUGCUCGCAUGAAUGAAGCUCAGGUGUGUGUUUCAACCACAAACAGGAAUUUCCCCGGUCGGAUGGGCCAUAAAGAGGGACAGAUUUAUCUAGCCUCUCCAUACACGGCUGCUGCAUCUGCGUUGUCUGGUUUUGUCACUGACCCACGAGAGUUUAUCUAGAGUACGAUUUUCACGAAUGAGAGUGAGUUUGUGCACUACUUUUCUGAAUGCUGCUUCUAAGUUCUUGACGUUACUGAUUCACAUAUUGUGAUGUUUUAGAAGUUAGAACUGGUGUUAGAUUUGGGAUGUAGAUUCUUCAAUAAAGAUGAUUGUUGGAUUGGACA